CGACACUCUCUCUCGGAAGCCUGCGGGGCACGCACCCUGAGGUCCUCUCUCAUCGGCCAAUAGGAGAUUGACGCACGUGCCGCCUCGUGGCUCCAUCGGGCCCAUGCGCGCGCGGGCUGUUCAGUGAUAUGAUUGGUUCUCUCUGCGCGGAGGGGCGGGGCUGAGAGGGAGAGGAUUCGGCGGGGGGGGGGGGGGCCGCUGGCGCGAAGGCGAUAAAGCAGCGGCGUCCGGCCCGGGCGCGGAGGUUUCGUUGGUGCCCCUCCCCCCGCCCCGCCAUGCCGAACCGCAAGGGCGCGCGCAACGCCUAUUACUUCUUCGUGCGCGAGAAGCUGCCCGAGCUGCGGCGGCGCGGCCUGCCCGUGGCCCGCGUGCCCGACGCCAUCCCGCUCUGCUCGCGGGACUGGGAGUUGCUGACUGAGGAUGAAAAGGAGAAAUAUGCAGAGAUGGCUCGUAAAUGGAGAGUGGAGAACUCCACCCAGACAUCACUGAAACAGCCUCCCAGUCAGAUUUCUCCAGUUCCUGCACCACUGCCCAUGCAGAUACAGAGACGCACUUCUCUUCCAGAUGCCAUCAGUCUUUCUUGGAAGAAUGAUCAGGCUGUGCUUGGGAACAUCUUCUACUUCCUGAACAUUUACAGUCAUGGAGAGCUCCCCUCUCCCUGUGAGCAGCGCUUCCUCCCUUGUGAGAUUGGCUGUGUCAAAUACUCAUUACAGGAUGGCAUAACAGCAGACUUCCACCGCUUUGUAGAUCCCGGAGAGGUGCCACGUGGCUUUCGGUUUCAUUGUCAAGCAGCAAGCGAUGCCACUCACAAGAUCCCCAUCUCUGGUUUUGAGCUCUCGAAUGCUGGUCACCCUGUUGUGUUACGUGAACUUUACUCGUUUGUUCGGCCAAACCGUGGCAGGUGGCCACCUGUGUACUGCAAGUCUGAUGACUGGUACAGAGUCAACUGGUGUCUGAAGUGGAUGGCGAAGGAAGCAGGCACUGAGAACCAGCUGGAGCUUCGCAGUGUGGAAAACCUGGUGGUGGAACUGUACCAGCGGAAACUUCAAAAGGAGCCUUCCAAGACCUGGGUGCGCAACCUGCUGGAUGUCUUCGUGUGGGAUUACUCCAGUAACACUCGGUGCAAGUGGCAUGAAGAGAAUGACAUCCUGUUCUGUGCUUUAGCGUCCUGCAAGAAAACUGCUUAUUGCAUCAGUAACACUCUGGCAAGUGUGUAUGGAGUCUCGCUCACAACAGCUCACCUACCUCUGCAAGACUAUGAUUCCAGCAACAAUAUGAAUCCCAAGGUGGUGGUGCUGGAUGCUGGACGUUUCCAGAAGCUGAGGGCUCAGAAUCCUGGUUAUAAUCGAUACUUCAGUGCUCCAGUUGAGAAGCAAGGUGCUGCCUCUUCUGCUGGUGAACAUCCCUCUGGAGUGAUGUCGUCAUGUAGAACAAGCACACGAGGAAGAGGAAUCACUCGCUUGCUGGAAAGUCUGGAGACACUCUCCAAGUCCUCCAGCAACUGAAAGCCCACCUUCCCUCCUAACCUUACCAGGAGAACGGCACAUCCUGCUCUUCCUUAUCCCCAUUGUAGUCUGGGACUUUACCAAAUUGCAGUUGCUUUGUCUGUCCCUGUAUGCAAAACCCUAAAAUACAUUCCCCUUCCCUUGACCCAAUGUAACAGUUCCCUUAGAAUGAUGACAAACCUGUUGACUGGAGAGGAAUUUUCUUUCAAUUAGAAGGAAAUCCUGGUUUUA